ACGAGCACCACAGGUGCUUUCAACUCCAAUGAAUCAAAAUGCUAUUGCACUAUACUUCAUCCAGUUCAAUUAGCGGCAAUCGGUCUACUAUGUACUCCGGAGCCCCGUGUGGCACCCACAUUUCCCCAAGAGUCGAUCACAGUCUACCCAGUUCAUUUCUUCUCUCUUUGCUUCAUCAUCUAAUACUACGCUCUCACUUGUUUGCACCUCGACCCCUUGAAGCUCGUCUACGCGUUCAGGAUGGUGCGUUUUGAUACAAGCACGGGUAUCCCCGAUCUUUCUGGCAAGGUCAUCCUCGUUACCGGGGGCAACGUCGGUCUGGGAAAGGAGACGAUCACCCAGUUUAGCAAACACAAUCUAGCACACAUCUACCUUGCCGCCAGGAACGAGGCCAAAGCCCUGGCCGCGAUCGAGGACAUCAAGAAGGCAGUACCGAAUGCAGCUCCCAUCACCUUCUUGGAGAUCGACUUGACGUCCUUUGAGAGCAUCAAACGAGCUGCGAAGGAGUUCCGCUCCAAGUCGGAGACCCUGCACAUUCUCGUCAACAACGCAGGCAUCAUGGCCUGGCCGCCCAGCACGACCAAGGAGGGCUACGAGAUCCAGUUCGGCACGAACCAUAUGGGCCACGCUCUCUUGACCAAACUGCUGCUGCCCACCUUGCAGCAUACCGCCAAAACGAGCCCUGACAAGGACGUGCGCAUUGUCUCACUCUCCUCGGUGGCGGAGAAUUGGGUUCCGAGUGACCUUUACAACUUUGACGACCUCAAAACCGACAUGGCAUCCACGGGGACCUGGGCCCGCUACGGUGCCUCCAAGGUUGCCAAUAUUCACCACUCCAGGGCUCUCGCCAAGCGAUACCCUGAGAUUCGCUGCAUAUCUGUGCAUCCGGGAGGUGUGAACACGAACCUCACCAGCGGCCCUAUAGCCAGCUGGCCGCUGAUCAAACCAAUCGUGGGUAUUUUUUCACGACUCGUUUUAUCUUCUGUCGCCGAUGGGGCCAAGAACCAGAUCUGGGCCUCAGUCAGCCCGGAUGCUGAAAGUGGCGUGUUUUACUGGCCGGUGGGCGUCAAGGGAAGAGAUUCCAAGCAUGCGAAGAACGAAGAGCUUAGCGAGAAGCUGUGGGAGUGGACCGAGAAAGAGCUAGAAGCCUGCACUUGAUGUUGGCUCGGGUCAGGCCUCAGCAAUGUAUAAGCGCUCACGAGUAUGGAUGUAGGAUACGACGUGCUUCUUAGAAUAAUUGUAAAAUUCAGCCUUUCCAAAAGACCAAUAAGCUCC